GCGACAACCAGAAGGAGCCAACCCACCGGCGAAUAAACGAUCUAAACCAUCCGAGACCGUGUCUGCAGACGUGCAGCGUGCAUCCAACAAAACAGCCCAGCAGCCGACGAAGAUUCAUUACACAAGAUUGCGCCGGCGCAUGGAUGAGGAAGAGGAAGAAAAGCUGGCAAAGCUUGGUCCGGAUCCCAACCUUUGCACCACAAAGUUGACAGACGUCAAUGUUGAUUGCCUCGAGCCCAUUUUUAAGAAUCUAAGCCUUAUAGAUCUCUUGAAUGUUUCCGACUCCAACAAACAAUUGAAACCAGCAGCGGAUUUGGUAUUCGCGAGUCGGUAUGGGAAACAAUGGAUUUUUAUCCAUUCGAGAUACAAGUCCAUACUGAUUUUCGGGCGGAACAUGUUUCCACCAACGGUUCAAAUUCCACGGUCAUUCCGAUUAAAGUUGCUCCGCUGCUUCGGACAUUUGAUUACAAAAUUGGACAUCACACAUGAUAAACAUAUGGAUGCUUAUGUCAACGAAUACUGUGCCGAUUCAUUGGUCGAAAUCAAAUUUGAACGCUGUAAAACAAGCACACUGGACGAUCUGAGGAAGCCUUUCACACAGGUUAGAACACUUUGUUUUGAUAGCUGCAAAUUGGGAAGCAAGCUGUCGGAACUCGAUAAAUGGUUCCCGAAAGUGCGUCGCUUGGAAUUUAACCAUCAAAACGAAUCAGAUUGUAACGAGACCGCUGUUCAUUUGUCGAAACUUCGGCAUUUGAGUCUGUUCCUUCCAGCUGAUGAAAAGAACCAUUUGAACAAGAAAUAUUUUGAGGGGCUCGUGCGUUUAAACCCAAACAUACGAACUCUGAACAUUGGCGGCCACUUCGAUGCCAAAUACCUUCAGAACGUUAGCACAUAUCUACAGCGUCUGGAAAGCUUGAAAUUCUCCUCAAUUCAACACUUGUCGGACCAUUCGUUGACUGAUUUCAUCAGCCAGCACAAAAAACUUACCAAGCUGACUUUUUCUUCGAUUGGACAUCGUGAAGAGGGUGCACUAUUGAAGAUUACUUCGCCAGCAUUAGUUGAAGUGGAUUUUGGUAAUUGCCGUUUUCCGUCUGAUGAAGUGGCUUCUUUUGUGGCUGAAUGCCCAUCGCUGAAGAAGCUAACAGUUGCAUUCGGUAACGAAAACGAUUACGAAGCUUUUCAGAAGUGGCUGGGCAAUGAAUGGCGUGAAAUCAAAAAGUACAGCUAUUACCAUAUCUGCAAAGUUACGAUUGAACGUUAAGUCAACUUCGUAGAAUCAAAAAUACAUUUAACUUCAUGAAAUAAGUAAAAUCUAUUUUUGCUUAGCUAUGAGUCUUAAAGCUCAGGUGAACACAUUCUAGUUUAAACAUAAUAUCUAAACAGCAGCCAGUCACAUUUCCAUCCAAAAAACACAUCGAAAUUAACUUGAUUUAAUUAAGAAAAAAUACAUUCAAAUAUAAAUAAAUCAUGUACUCUUGACAAGAGUCUCUUGUACUGGCUCUGAAUAGAUACAUCGUAAAAUUCGACGCCAAAUUCAAUAUUACUUCUAUUUCGAUUCAUUUUUAUCAUUCACAAUCCAAACUCAAAAUGAAGUUGGUUCAAAAUAAACUCUCGUCGAAAAAUAGCUUUAAGAAAACAACUUGAAUUAUUAUCUAAGCAGAAAAUGUCAGGAAACAUCCAAUUCUAUGAAAUAAAUAUCCGAAACGGUUGACAAAA